UGUAAAUACAGUAGUAGUUGACUUUUCGCCCUGACCUGUAAGCAGCCUGGGCAGUCAUGUUGCUGAGUGUGGCCUCCGUCCUUGCUCUGUGCAUGAGCACCGCAUUUACUGCUCCGAGUUUGGACCGGCAGCUAGAUGACCACUGGAAGCUCUGGAAGUCCUGGCACAGUAAAAACUACCAUGAGAAAGAGGAGGGCUGGAGGAGGAUGGUGUGGGAGAAGAACCUGAAAAAAAUUGAGCUUCACAACCUUGAGUUCUCCAUGGGCAAGCACACCUUCCGUUUGGGCAUGAAUCAGUUUGGUGACAUGACCAAUGAGGAAUUCAGGCAGGUGAUGAAUGGCUACAAAAACAAGGCCGACAGGAAGUCCAGUGGUUCCCUGUUCUUGGAGCCUAACUUCUUGGAGGUGCCCAGGCAGGUGGACUGGAGAGAGAAGGGCUUUGUCACUCCAGUGAAAGAUCAGGGUCAGUGUGGUUCAUGCUGGGCCUUCAGUACUACAGGAGCUUUGGAGGGCCAGCACUUCCGAAAAACGGGCAAGCUGGUCUCCCUGAGUGAGCAGAAUCUGAUGGAUUGCUCUCGGCCACAGGGAAACGCAGGCUGCAAUGGCGGUCUCGCCAUCCAGGGCUUCCAGUAUGUCAUGGACAACAAUGGAAUUGAUUCGGAGGAGUCUUACCCUUAUCAUGCAAAAGACGAUGACACAUGCCAUUACGACCCUCGGUUCAACUCUGCUAAUGUCACCGGAUUUGUGAACAUCCCCAGUGGUAACGAGCGUGCUCUGAUGAAGGCUGUGGCUGCUGUUGGCCCUGUUUCAGUUGCCAUUGAUGCUUGUCAUGAAUCCUUCCAGUUUUACCAGUCUGGGAUCUACUAUGAGAAGGAGUGCAGCAGAGAGGACCUGGAUCAUGGUGUUGUGGUGGUUGGGUAUGGCUAUGAAGGAGCAGAUGAAGAUGGAAAGAAGUACUGGAUUGUGAAGAACAGCUGGAGUGCGAAGUGGGGAAACAAAGGCUAUAUCUACAUAGCCAAGGAUCGGCAGAACCACUGUGGCAUUGCAACUUCAGCCAGCUAUCCCUUGAUGUAAAGCAGCAGGACUGUAUUUGGAAUAUUCUUGCUGCAGUGAAGAAGCCCUGACUGCAGCCUCAACUCCUUUUGGCCUGGAGUGGUUUUGAGAACUGUUUUUAGGGACUUUUGGGGGAAAACUCAAUCUUUUUAUUCUUGUUUCUUAAUUUUAAUCUUAUUUUAUUAAAUGUUAUUUAUAAAUAAGCUUAACUUUUCUCUUCAUCUUUUGUUUGCCUGCUUCUUGUCUUG